GCUUUAAGAUUGAAAGAAUAUGACCGUUAUCAUAACGAAGUGAAUCAAACACUAAUAAAAUUUGUAGAUAAAAAAUUGGUUAACAAUGAAUAUUUUAAAUGUGAAGACCCAAACACUGCUGGAGAUGAUGAAGAAUACAGACAAGUUAUUGAAAAAAAUAACACAAGAUUAGAUGCAAUAGAAAAGAAGUUUAAUGAAUGUCUUACAAACACGUAUGAAUAUCUUAUGCGGUGGGAAGCCAGAUGGAAAUAA